AUGUUAAGUGCACUUAAGAACUCAAAGCCAAAAGAUCAGGAAGCGUAUGCAAGUGUGAUCGAUGGGCUUAGCAAACUGUACUUCAAUAAACUGCUUCCCCUGGAGAAUGCUUAUAAAUUUCAUGAUUUUCAUUCACCUCCACUUGAGAAGAGUGAUUUCGAGUCGAAACCAAUGGUUUUGCUUAUCGGACAAUAUUCUACUGGAAAGACAACUUUCAUUCGCUAUUUAAUUGGAGAAGAUUUUCCUGGGAUUCGAAUUGGCCCUGAGCCGACCACUGAUAGUUUCAUAGCUGUGAUGAAUGACGUCAGAGCUGGUAUUAUUCCAGGGAAUGCUCUUGUAAUGGAUCACAGGAAGCAGUUCAAACCUCUUUCAAAAUUCGGAAAUGGGUUCUUAAACCGUUUUCAGUGUGCACACAUGCCAAAUGGUGUUUUGGAUGGGAUAACGUUCAUUGAUACGCCUGGCAUUUUGAGUGGAGAGAAACAACGUGUCGAUAGAGGUUAUGACUUUUCAGGUGUCAUUGAGUGGUUUGCCGAGCGAGCGGAUCGAAUUAUCUUGCUUUUUGAUGCCCAUAAACUCGAUAUUUCAGAUGAAUUUAAACGAGUCAUUGAAGUCCUGAAGUCAAAUGAAGAUAAAAUACGGAUUGUUUUGAACAAAGCAGAUAUGAUUGAUUCUCAACAACUUAUGAGAGUGUAUGGUGCUUUAAUGUGGAGUUUAGGCAAAAUCUUGAAUACACCUGAAGUGGCACGUGUGUAUAUUGGCAGCUUUUGGGAUCGUCAACUAGUAUUUGAUACUAAUCGAAAGUUAUUUGAGUUGGAAAAAAUGGAUUUGUUUCGUGAUCUUGCCACUCUUCCUGCCAAUGGUACCCUCAGAAAGUUGAAUGAUUUCAUCCGACGUGCUCGUCUUGCUAAAGUACAUGCUUAUGUUAUUUCUCAUUUAAAAAAAGAAAUGCCAACAAUGGUAGGCAAAGAUGCUAAGAAAAAGGAGCUUAUUAAUAAUUUAUCUAAAGUAUACGAUACUAUAUCACGUACACAACAUAUAUCAAUUGGGGAUUUUCCAAAUAUAAACAGAAUGCAAGAAUGUUUAGAAGUACACGAUUUUAGAACAUUUUCUGCACUACAACCAAAAUUGAUCAAGGUUGUUGAUGAAAUGUUGUCUACUGAAGUAGCGAAAUUAGUACAAAUGAUUCCACAGGAACGUGAAGCGAUUGUGGAAACAUAUGGUCCAGCUGUUACAGGUGGAGCUUUCGAUACAUCUGGUACACCAUUCAGUUUUCAUGCCGGUGAAGGAUUUGAAGAGGGUCGCUUUGAAAACGAUUGGAUAGUUAAUCGGUGCCGACAACAAUGGGAUGAGGAUUUCCUUAAAUUGAAUCCUGUGGAUGGUAAAAUCAGUGGAGAAGCCGCGCGUAGUCAUAUGCUUAAAUCGAAUUUACCCAAUAGUACCUUGAGAAAUAUUUGGAUUCUUGGUGAUGUUGAUCGUGAUGGUUGUUUGGAUGAGGAUGAAUUCUCUUUAGUUUGUUAUUUGAUUAAAUUGAAAUUAGAAGGUUAUGAAUUGCCAUCUUGUCUUCCUGAGCAUUUAAUACCUCCAUCGAAACGUAAUGUUGGACAACCACUACGCAACGGCUAUCAUAAAGGUUAA